AUGGAGGCCAUCACCAAUUUACAACCACAACCAAAUAUUAAUCAACACCGAAAUCAUUGCAUUGCAGUGUGUCUUCUAGGUGAUUAUUCAGGUAAUACAGCGCUCUCCAAAAAGAAGAGUGGCCUUUUUAGAAUCUCCAGUGCGGAAUAUUUCCAAUAUGCAGAUAAAAAGUUGAGAGACGAUCUUAAGUAUUGGGUACCACUGCCAUCUGACAUAAAUAUGACAGAUGAUGAGGUAUUAAUACAAAUGGGAGGAAGACCUAUUAUGUUCUACGAUGUUACUGAUUGCAAUCAAUUUAUCAGAUCACAUGAACACAAAUGUAUCAUUCUCAUACUAUCUGAUUGGCAUGCACAGAACAAAGAACUAGUCUCAGAUUUUAAAAAAUGUCAGCAAAUCAUUGCAGUCUACCGUUGUAUACCUCAAACUCGGUACAUGAAAUUAUUGAAGCGUUGUGUUUUCGAGAACGAAUACUCUAUUCCAAAGAACUUUAGUAAAGAAAUGGCUGAAGCUCGUAUAUAUGAUUUAGAUCCAGUUAGCCAAAGUACACUCAUGGAAGUUUGGUUCAUCGAAUCUGUCCUAAAUGUUCGAUUGACAGAAAAAGCCAAAGAAGACUUCAUCCGAUUCGUUCAUGAGACAUAUAGAAAUGAUAAGCACUAUCAAAGAACAUAUGUAAAACAGAUAGAAGACUUCAAUCUAAACUAUAAUAAGAAGGAUGCUAUCAACUGGUAUACUCGAAGUAAUACUUUCUUAUUUCGCAUAGUUAAUCGAACAUGCGCUUCUUUGGAUUUUCCGUCCUUAUUUAAAAUUAGCUUUUAUCUUCGUGAUCUCUACGAACAAUUGACAGAACUUCACGACAAACAAUUAGGAACCUCACUUAAACCAGGUCUAAUAAUUUAUCGAGGUGCAAAGAUGUCUAUUGAAGAAUUGAAAACUUUUAAAUCCAAAGGAUCGCUGUUUGUCACAAGAAGUUUCUUGUCUACUACAUACGAAAAAAACGUGGCACGUAUAUUUGCUGAAAAGAACCCAUGCGGUGACGUAGAGGAAUCAGUUCUUAUAAUCAUGAAAAUUGAUUACACACAGUUGCAAGAAAAGCCAAUCGCAUUUAUUGGCAUAUGAUGGGGAAUUUGAUUUUGCGACAAAAUCAUUAACUCAAACGCAAAAGCAAUUUGCGACAAAAUCAUUAAUUCAAACGCAAAAGCAAUUUGCAGCAAAAUCAGUAACUCAAACGCAAAAGCAAAUUGCAGCAAAAUCAAGAAGGUGAAACACUAGCACCUCUUGCAGUAUUCGCGGUAUUGCGGUAUUGCGGUAUUCGCGGUAUUGCGGUAUUCCGGUAUUCGCGGUAUUGCGGUAUUCGCGGUAUUGCGGUAUUCGCGG